AUGAUUUGUGUUCUAUUCUAUCAAAAACGAUGGAAUGAUUUGAAAAGAGAAAUCUCAUCUCUCAUCGCAUGAAUCACAAAGCCCACAAGGAUCGCAAAGCCCAGGAGCCUUUCGUUAGAUACUACUCAUCAUGUCACCAGAUCUAUGGCCAAGUGGAUAAAAGAUCUAGAAGAUAUGACCUCUUGCCACUUAGAUUAAAUACCUGCAUACAUAAAGAUGAGCAAAAAUGUCACGAUCCAAGGCAUCUUACUCGUCAGUUUACACGCAUAUUCUCGUCCUUCAUCAGGACCUUCUCUGAGUAUACGCAAGCAUAUGUAAUUCAGUGCGGUGCAGAACAUAAAGCUCUUGCCUUCAACAUACGUAAAGUAAGAAUCGAAAGGAAAACGAAGAAGAAACAUACCAAUGGAGGAAGGAAGAAGAGAGGUCCAGUGAUUUCUCCAGGCCAGUGACCAUCGGAGGCCUGCAAAGUCGAGAAGAAAGAAACUCCUCUCCGUAACGCAUCCGUCGCGUUUCAUGAGUUGUGCUUUCGCCGUCUUCAACCUUCACCGGCGGGAUCACUUGCUCCACUUUUGCCUCCAAUUCAAAAACUGUGCCUACAGUCAAAUCAACUGAGAUCAAAAUAAAAACAUUCUUCGCGU